GGCAGGGGUGCACCGCUCCAGGGCCUGUGUAGUGCCCCCUGCGAAUUGCCCCCUGGGCGCUGGGAGCCGAUCUGGAACCUGGAGCUGGGCAGGAAAAUGGCUUGGGGAGGGUGGGGGCAUUCGACAGAAAAUGUCGACUUUUGGGCCAACCCUCGAAACCUGCAAUUUUGCUUCUGAAACGUCUCCCCCAAAGGAGCUGUCGUUCCAGGGCCUCGUUCUCCCGCGUGAGCCGGGCUCUCCCCUCGUAAUGCUGAACCAGUGCGGUACGUGAUGGGCGUCCCCGUCAGUCCUUCUGUCGCACGCUGCUGGAGUCUCGAGCUUGUGCAGUGCUUGGGGCUGCAGGUUCCACUUGAGCGAGUUAGAUACCGGUAGGUGGUUGGGAUGUGCUCCCACCCGGCCAGUGUAACCUUGUGACCCACCCCGCAGGACAAGCUGGCGAAGGAGGAGCACAACAGCGCCCUCAACAUGAAUAAAAUCAACCUGCAGUGGCGCACGGUGCUGCGGGAAGUCAAGGCCAGAGAACUGCGCAAGGACAUUGAGAUCCUGAGCCAGACCUUUGAGCGGGUGGUGGACUGCAAGGACAGUGUCAUCCGGUCGCUGGCCAGGGACCUGUCCGAGGCAGAGGCACAGUACACUCAUGCCCUGUGCAGCCACCUGCACAACAUCGACCAGUUGCUGCAGCUCCAGCGGUGCCGCCUGAGGUACCUGGAUGAGGAUUACAACACCGAGCUGGAGGUCCUGAAGAAGGAGUUUGAGACAGAAAGGGGGAUGAUCAUCGAGCACCAUGACAAGGAGAGCCGCUACCUGCGGGAUGUGCUGCUGGCCCUGGAGCAGAACUUCAGUGAGAGCGAGUACGAGGCCAAGCUGGACUUCCAGAGCACCAGGGACGACGUCAAGAACAAGAACCUGGAGGAGAAGCACUAUCUGCGUGUGCAGCUGGAGGGCACAGUGGAGGAGCUGUGGAAGCGGUUCCAGCAGGCGCUGAAGAACUACACCGAGGCAACAGAGGACCGGAAGAUUGCAUUUGAGGCCCUCAAGCUGAAGGAUGAGAAGAGCUCCAAGGAGAUUGAGAUGCAGAUGAAGAAGCUGCAGAAAAUUCAGGACUCCAUUGGCAUCCUGAAAGGCAAGAUCGCGGCACACAUGCGGGAGGCCGAGGAGCAGAACCGGCGCGUGCACGAGGAGAAGGAGGUUGUCCUCAAGCAGCUGCAGAAACUCAAGAGCCAGAUGAACCAGGCCAGGGCCAAGGCCAGGAGCAACCUGGCCAAGCUCACCCUGGAGAGCAGCACUGCCCUGAAGAAGCUAAGGGGUGUCCUUGAAAAGGUAAAGGCCGGAGUUCCCCUAACCCUGCAGGAGAGGCCUCUGCCCCGCCCACGGGGCCCUGCUCUUCCAUGCAUGCCUGGAGUAGCACUGGCCAAAUGCAGCUCACCGCUGCCCCUGUCCAGGACAGGCAGCAGAGAGAAGUCCCAGCCAUGCAGCCUGGCUGGUGGGAGACUCGCUUCCCCCAAACCCAUCAUCCCUUCCUGGCCCCAGGGCGACACUUCUCCUGCCGUCCCCCUGCGUUGUCCACACAAUCCAGCACCCCCCAGGAAAAGCGUCCCCUCCUGGUGUCCAGAGCACACUGCUCACCGAGCUGUCCCCAAGCGGCCCGCUAAGGCCUCGCUUGCCCCGCAGGCAGAGCUCACCCUGCGGCUGGCCGAGAUGUGUCGGAAGCUGGAGACCGAGGAGGAGAAGGUGCUACCGUUCUACGCCUCCUCGCUGAGCAGGGAGGAGCAGGAGGAGCUGGAGCAAGUCUCCCUGGAGAAGCCUGGGGAGCAGCUGGCCCAGGUAAGGGGUGAAACCCGGACCCCCUCCCCCCCCAUCAGGGUGCUGGAAGGAGGGCGCCGGGGGUGCCUAGAGGCAGGCUGGCAUAGCUGGUGGAGCAUGUGCCGCACUGGGCGGCUGGGGAGAAGGUUGCUGAGAACCAAGCGCUCUUUAAUUGAGGGGACAAGCAGAACCAGAUGGGGUGCAUUGUGGGAGCCCCCCCUCAGCUCUCCUCUGUCCUUCCAAGUGCAGCUGAUGCAGGAUUACCUGGGCCUGGAGCACUUCUGGCAAAGGUACAACAAGGUGAAGCUGGAGCAGCUGGCUCUGGAGCGGGAGAAGGCAGUGCUGCGCCAGGAGAACCAGAAGCUGCGCUUGCUCCUCAAGCAAUACCUGGACGGGAUCUCGGUGAGCGACGAGGUGCUCAGCCGGCUCAACCCACUGCUCAUCCUCAACCCCAAGCCCCGUGCACCCGGGCCCGCCGGCAGAGCCCACCGAAAACCGCCCCUUCACAAUGUCAUCGAGGCUGCCCACGAGGUGCCACACAUCCUGUGAGCCGCCCCGCCUGGGGCAUGCUGGGAACUGCGCUCUGCCAGCUGCGGCUGCUUGUGCCUGGCGCGCGUGGCUGGAAGAGUCGGGCGUGAGGAGUGGCGAGCGCUUCCCCGGCGGUGCUGUCCCACUCCGUGCCCACAGGAAGCUGCCAUUAAAGGGUUGUAAUGAU